AUGAGUGGACUCCAACAGGAAUCCAAAGAGUUUGACAAAGCCAGGGACGGUCGUUGCUGGGCAGAUGAGCCCCAGUACUUCCAGCAGGUGCUCUACAUCCCAGUGUUCCUGCUGGGCCUGCUGCUCAACGUAUUGGCAGUGACCGUCCUCCUCCUGAAGCGCCGUCAGUGGACGGACACGCACAUCUACACGCUGAACUUGGCCCUGACAGACCUCGCCCUGGUGCUCUUCCUGCCUGUACGCGUGUUUGCUGCCUACCACCCUCUUGAGCCCUCGGACUUCUGCUCAGCCAUGGUCUCCAUCCAUUACAUCAACAUGUACGCCAGCAUCUUCACCGUCACCUGCAUCAGUGUGCACCGCUACCUCAGCAUCAGGUUCCCCUUCUGGGCCCGAGAGCGGAGCACCAAGAAACGUAUUGCUGUGCUAGUCUGCACUCUCAUCUGGGUAACGCUGGUGUCUCUAUGCCUCGUGUUUGGCUCUAACAACACUCCAGAAAAAUUGUGCACAUGUUACAGCCGUCGUGAUGAGGAGAGGCUUUCUCUUACAUUCCUCCUGGUGUUGGUGAUAUUGGGCUAUGUCCUCCCACUAGUCACUAUGACUUUCUGUUCCAUCCAGACCUCUUGCAUUCUGCGUACAUCAGGAGAGCAUCAGAGUGGUGAGGAGACCUCUGUGCUAAAGAAGACAUUUGUUCGACUUGUAACAGCCAAUUGGAUUGUGUUUGUUGUUUGCUACACACCUAUCCAUGUGGCUAUGUGUUUGGUAGAGUACCACAAGGUCGACGUCGACCGCACAAUCCUGGCCCAAUUCAAGCUUUCUUACUAG